AUGUACACCAUAACGACCAUCGAUCCCGAUCCGAGACAUCCUGCACGUCAAUCGAAACCCUUCCCCACAAUAACGAAACCUUGCUUGGUUGGAUUCUUCAGUCUUAACCACGAUCGAACGUAUGAUCCAUCGGCCGGCCAGCUUAAGUACCUGACCCUACCACCAGAACCGCGGACCGAACUGCAUCUCGAUCUGAAUGAAGGUUUUGAAACUCAUCACCCGAAACCGAGCAGUACAAAGGAGGAAAAGAUCGACAUGCUGCUUACCUACAUACGAAAAACGGACCCCAAAGAGCUGUGGACCUCAACGGAAAAUGGGCACCGUAGAUUGAAGCACGAUUUUGUAUGCUUUCGAGGAUUGCUCCGGUUAAUUUGCUGCACGCCGUACGAUUGGAAAACACCCUGGAUUGUGCAGGCGAUACGAUACCGGGGCACUAUUUACCUGUGUGAAAAGCCAACCCCGGACAAGCUGGCAUCGGAACGGAAUGAAACGGAACAACAAAAACGGUUCUGUUACUAUGGGUUUAAGUUUGAACAGUACAUACUUACGGCACAACCAAACGUUCCACCCGACACAUCGGCGCCGGUAAUGCUUGGUGAGGAGUUUUGCUCCAUGUUCGCUACAACGCUCGUUGGCCAGCGAUUGCUUUACGGUGCGGAAAUGGAUGGAAUCGUUUCGAACAAACCAAUCGCAUGGGAACGGCUCCAGGUGGAGGAACUGCGCCACUGUGAGUUUGUUGAGGUGAAAGUAAAGCGCAAGGAGUUGACCCAACGACAGGUGGACAAUUUCUAUCGGUACAAGACGAAGAAUUGGUGGUGCCAAAGCUUUCUGGUGAACGUACAACGGCUUGUGGUGGGUUUGCGGGACGAUGAAGGGAUUGUGCGUGAAAUAACGGACAUGAAGCUGGAUGACAUUCGACGGGAAUCUCGUCCCUUUUGGUCUCCAGCGAUCUGUAUGAACUUUUGUUCAGAUUUUCUAUCAGAAGUGGUACGGGUGAUGGGUGAGACGGAUAACUGUAAGAGAGUUUAUCAGUUUGAGUAUGAUUCGAGAGAAAGUAGACGGGUUCGGUAUCGUGUACUGGAGGAGAAUGACCACCGGGAGGCGUUUCUUCCGGAAUGGUACACGCGGUACGUUGAAGAAAUGCAACCGAAACUGUAG